UGUGUAUGUGUGUGUGUCUGCAGCGCGAGCCGGCUGCUCGUCUGGCUCUGUGACGUCAGCGCCGUGUUGAUUUGCUAAGGCGAGAGAAGAAAGGAGUUAGUGCGUGUUGAGAGAGCGGGUUUAUGCGAACUGCCUUACUAUGCUGUAGCCCCGCUCCCCCUGCACUAUCCCGGAUCAAAAAACGUGCAACUUAGGUUUCAUCUUGUUUACAAAGAUAGCUAAAAUCACGGCAGAGCGGGGAAGGCGAGCCUCAUGAGUUGGCCUCGUGGCUUGCAUCGACACAAUGGAUUUAUCUAAAAUGGGAAUGAUCCAGCUCCAGAACCCCAACCAUCCCACCGGCCUCCUGCUGAAGGCCAACCAGAUGCGCCUGGCGGGGACUUUGUGCGACGUGGUCAUCAUGGUGGACAACCAGGAGUUCCACGCUCACCGAACUGUCCUCGCCUGCACCAGCAAAAUGUUCGAGAUCCUCUUCCACCGCAGCAGCCAGCACUACACCCUGGACUUUCUCUCACCAAAGACUUUCCAGCAGAUUCUGGAGUACGCUUACACUGCCACGCUGCAGGCCAAGGUGGAGGACCUGGACGACCUUCUCUACGCCGCGGAGAUCCUGGAGAUCGAGUACCUGGAAGAGCAAUGCCUCAAGAUCCUGGAGACCAUUCAGUCCUCGGAUGAGAACGACGUGGAGGUCGGAGGCAGCGCGGAGGAAGAAGACGACCGCAAAGGCCACAACGGAGCCAAAAACUCCAAAAAGCAUUCCAUGGAGGGGUCUUAUCUGACCGGAGCCCAGCAGAUGGCCAUCAUGACGGGAAUGGUGGAUCAAAGCCCGUCUGUUUCCACUUCUUUCGGCAUGUCCAACCUGAGUCCCACUAAAGCUGCCGUGGACAGUCUGAUGAGCAUCGGACAGUCUCUGCUCCAGCAGGGCUUCGGCGGGGAACAUCUGCUCCACCACGCCAACUCCAACCAGCUGAUGACCGAGAUCAAGACCGAGAUGAUGCAAGUGGACAUGGGAGGCAACGGCCACGACAGCCCGCCCAACAUGGAGUCCAGCGCCUCUAGCAACGGAGAGCGAAUGGGCGAGGACAGGAACCGAGACGGACCGGGAACCCCGACCAGGAGCAGCGUGAUCACCAGCGCCCGCGAGCUGCACUACGUCCGCGACGACCAGCAAGUUGACAUGAGCCAAAUGGGGCUGGAAGCAAUGGCGGGGAUGACGGAGAAACAUCUCGCCUCGCUCUAUUCCCUUCCCGUCAAUCACAAAUCGGACGGCCUCAUGUCCAUGCCGGCGGCCAUGGCAGCGUCCAUGGCCUCUCAACUGCCCAUGUCCCCGGCCCUGGCCAUGUCGAUGGACUUCAGCGCCUACGGGGCUCUCCUGCCGCAGAGCUUCAUCCAGAGAGAGUUCUUCAGCAAGCUGGGAGAACUGGCGGUCGGCAUGAAACCGGACGGCAGGAACCAGCACGAGCGAUGCAACGUGUGCGGCAUAGAACUUCCAGAUAACGAGGCUGUGGAGCAACACAAGUAA